UAUCAUAUAACUCCACUCACCCUAAAACCCUAACAAAAGGGGGAAGAAAAAGGCGCACGAAAAAUAGAAAAAAAGGAAGAAAAAUCAAGAUGUGUGGAAUUGCUUUGAUCAUCUCAGGUGUUCGCAUUGAUUCUUCGUCAUUCUGCUCCGAUGCCUGUUUGGAUGCUGAAUCUCACCCAUCUUCAAUCUCUGAGGCAAAACAGGUGGAUGAACAUGUUUUAUUAAUAGACGAUCUUAAAGGUGCUCUACUUAGACGGGGUCCUGAUCACCUGGGGAGCAAGAGGGUUUUACUGAAAUUAAAGAGUUCAAAAUUUAUGGAUAAAGAUGAUAAUGUAUCUGCCUUGAAUGUGGAAUCGGUUGAGUGUACUGUUCCCAUUAAUUGCGACCCACUGUCCCAUUGUUUAUCAGAUGAACUUCGAAUUGAAGGCCCAUUAUUGGACUCUUUGGUUGACAAUGAGGAGGAUACUGGAGAGGGGAUUUCGUGUUUAUGCUUUCCCAUGAAAGAGAAAGAUGGCAUCACUCACGCAUCUGAAGUGGUUUGUACACAAGAUGUAGGUGCCGUAUUGACUAAAUCUGUGGCAGAACUUCAUUUCCUUGGUGCCAUGCUACAACUUCGGGGAACAAGUCCCGUUCUUCAGCCACUGGUGGAUACUUCCGGAAAUCUCCUUGUUUAUAAUGGUGAAAUAUUCGGGGGAAUCAAUGUUGGAAGUGAUAGCAACGAUGGUGAAACUCUAAUGCAUGAGUUAGAAGGUUGCUGUCACUGUGAUUGUCAUAGGCAUGGAAAAUCAUUUUGUUGCAUUGAAAAAGGACAAACUUCUGUUCCCAUGCUGCUUUCAACGAUUAAAGGGCCAUGGGCUUUGAUCUACUGGCAGGCUAGGUCAAAAAUAAUAUGGUUUGGUCGUGAUGCAUUUGGAAGACGAAGCCUCCUUGUUCACUGGCCAACUUUGGAUGACCCGCAAUUUCUGCUAUCUUCUGUAUCACCACCUUCGUCUGUUGAGAACUCUGAUUUUGAAGUUGCAGAUGAAAUUGGUGCUCUUGAUUACUGGGAGGAGCUUCCUUGCGGGAUAUACAGCAUAUGUUUUGAUGCUUCAAUAGCCAAUUCUCACCGUAUAUUGGUUGGUCAAGUCAGGAAGCAUGAAUGGACUGAUCCCCUUCUAAAGGACCUGAUCAAAUGGGAAAGAAUUUCUGUUGAACCCAAGCCUGAGGAAUUUUAUUUGCAAUGCCUUCCAGUUCUAAAACCGCAACAUGUCUUGUGUUCAGCAAAUGCAGAUGGAAUGCCUUCAAAUCUAUGUGCUCCUGGAGACCAUGUUACAAAUCAUAAAGGACUGCAUGAAGACAUUCAUGAUACGUUAGCUAAUUGUGUAAUUCAAUCAGAAUCAAUCUUCAAUGAUAAAGGGGCUAUUCAAUAUUCGGUUUCACUACCAGCACACAAGGUUCUAAUUGCCUUGAGAGAAUCCACGAUGCGGCGCACUACCCUGACCAAAAUCUGUCAGGCAAACUUGCAUGAAACAAGAGAAGGGAAACUUGUUCCUGUGGCAGUUCUUUUUUCUGGUGGAUUGGAUUCGAUGAUACUUGCAGCGUUGUUGGAUCAGUGCCUAAAUUCCACUUUGAUGCCUUCUGUGAACAUGUCUGCUCAGAUCUACUCUCUGUUGACAGAUGAGAUCGAUCUGCUAAAUGUGAGCUUUGACGGCCAGCUUGCUCCAGAUAGAAUUACUGCACAGUCAGGGGUAAGGGAACUUCAAAGAAUUGCUCCAUCUAGAAGAUGGCGCCUUGUGGAGAUCGAUGCUGAUUUAUCAAGUUUAACCUCAGAAACCAAGCAUGUAACAUCACUCAUAAAUCCUGCUAAAACCUACAUGGACCUGAACAUUGGGAUAGCAUUAUGGUUGGCAGCUCGAGGAGAUGGUUGGGUGAAUGAAGGGGUCCAGUGUCACAAAUACAGAUCGAAGUCCAAAAUUCUUCUAGUUGGUUCUGGUGCUGAUGAACAAUGCGCUGGCUACAGCAGGCAUAGGACAAAAUACAGAUUGGGAGGCUGGCUUGCACUGGAAGAGGAGAUGAAAUUGGACAUGCAGAGAAUUUGGAAACGGAACCUAGGGAGAGAUGACAGGUGCAUCUCUGAUAAUGGAAAGGAGGCUAGAUUUCCAUUCUUGGAUGAGGAUGUUAUCAGAACUUUACUUGAAAUUCCUCUAAGAGAUGUUGCAGAUCUUGAUCAACCAGUUGGAAGAGGCGAUAAGAAAAUUUUGAGAGAAGGUCAGGUGAUUCCAGCAGCUGAAUCCAUAUUCCAUACCCACACACAACACCUGUUCCCAGGUAACGUUGGUUAGCAGGAUAAGAAAUAUUUUAUUUUUCCUGUACUUGUAUUGCAUACCACUGGUCCAUAGAAUUUUCAAAUUCUUUUCUGCAGUUGAUGUUCCUUUUUGCCAAGGAAAGAUUGGGGCAGAUUCUCUAAUUGACCACCUCUCAAAUUUAUAGCUCAAAAUCAGUGUAAAGAUGCCCUAAUUUUCUCAUAAUUCUCAGAGAUUGACGACAUCGUUGAGUAGUUUCUUAAAAAUUGUCUAAGAGCCUUUCUAAAAAGAGCUACUCAUAUAGCUUGGCAUGAGGACUUGCUUCCAAUGUGCCAAUGUCACAUAUAUGGAGAUGCAGGUUGUUCAUUCCCAAAAGUCAGGUCAGUCCGCUCACAUGAAAAAAAUGGAUAGUCAACAAAUAAAAUGGUUGCUGGUCCACAUUUAACCUACGACUGUGACCACACAAUGUGCAGACCAAUGUUUUGAAUAAUGGUACUGGUGGGUGUAUCAUCCAGGCCCAAAAAUGAUACGAUACAGCCCCUUUUUUCUUAACAUGCGAGUUCGCCCCCAUAACGCAUAAUGGGGGUGACCAGUACUGCUAUAUAAUGGUUAAUGCAGUCAUAACGUAAUAGAUAUUCAAAACCACAGUGCAGACUAGCACACCAGCCUGACUUUUGGGCUAGAGUAUAUAUACUUGGCAUCUGCCCACAAACCUACAUUCAGGAGUAGUGAUUGCAUUUCUUGAUGUCUAAAUAUGAGUUUGGUUCUUCUUUUGGAUGCUAAGCAUAAACUGAAGUGUGCAUGCU